AAAUAGUUUAAGGAGGAGCAAAAAAAAAGUGAAAUUCAAUUAACAAGACUUAAUCUAGAGUCUCGUCGUGUAGCUGUCACUUUCGAGUCUUUUUUGUCGCUUUCUGGCAUUAGAAGCAGCCGAACAAAUUUAAUACAACAGCAGAAACCUUUUUUUUCUUUGCAAAAGUACAACAGGAGAAAAUUGCAGAAAACUUUUAGCGUAUUUCACUGUUCCUAUGUACUGGGUUUGGUUUGGUUGCUGAAUAAAUUUAUUGACAUCCUCACGAAAAAGUCGAAAAAGCAAACUCAUGAUUAUUUCUCUUUGAUUAACUUAACUCUAUGGUCUUCGUGUGCGAAAUGGAUUUUCUCCACUAGCAACUUUUUCCAAACAAAACAAAUAAUCUUCUUCUUCCAGAUUUGGUAUCGUGGAGACAGGUCAAAUUUGAGGUUCUUUUUAAGAAAACUGUAUUUCUUUUCUCAAUCAAACCCAUUUCUUGUCUUUUUUUGUUUGUUUGGGUCUGGAUUUGAGGUUCUGUUGCGGAAUCUCCUCUGUUCUAUAAGUGAUUUUUUGUUGGUGCUCUCUCUGGGUUUGUGAUGCCCUAUAAUUGCUUCGGAAUUCUUGAUAUAUGCAAAGGAAAUGAUCGUAUUGGACAGAGAGAAGCUGAAGAGAUUUGCACCGACAAUGUGAGGGUCUUUUCAUACAACUCACUAAGAUCAGCCACAGAUGGUUUCCAUCCAACUAACAGAAUCGGAGGUGGAGGCUUUGGAGUUGUCUUCAAGGGAGUAUUGAGAGAUGGCACACAAGUAGCAGUGAAAUCGCUUUCAGCAGAAUCCAAACAAGGCACACGCGAGUUCUUGACCGAGAUUAACUUGAUAUCCAACAUUCAACAUCCUAACCUCGUUAACCUCAUUGGCUGCUGCGUCGAAGGGAACAACCGGAUUCUAGUCUAUGAGUACCUUGAGAACAACAGCCUUGCUAGUGUUUUGCUUGGUUCAAGGAGUAAAUAUGUAUGGAAGCUAAGAGAAGAAGGGAGGCUACUAGAUGGCGUGGAUCCGGAUCUAGCCAAGUUUCCGGAAGACGAAGUGACCCGGUUCAUCAAGGUGGCUCUUUUCUGCACUCAAGCCGCGGCACAGAAGAGACCAAACAUGAAGCAAGUGGUGGAGAUGCUUUGCAGGAAAGAGAUUAACCUCAACGAGGCUGCCUUGACGGAGCCUGGUGUCUACAGAGGUGUCAACAGGGGACGCAACCACCGUGGCCUCGGUCUUGGAGGCGGCAGCUCACAGGAGGGCUCCUCAACACAAGGUUACAAAGGGAAAAGCUCAGCCAUUCCUCAAGGCUCCUCGUCGGCCUCUGUUAUUUCCUUUCAGAGCAUCACAGAGAUGGCUCCGAGAUGACGAUCAUUUUUUCUGUUAAUAGAGCAGAAUUAUAUUCUUGAGUAUAUUAGUCAGUUUCUCAUGUGUUAAUCUCUUUAUAUACAUAUAUAGUAAAUCAAAUUCUAUGAGAGAAAAUAUUAUUGACUCAAUAAAAGGAUGAUGCUAUUGUUGCUUGGAACCACGAAAUGAUUUAUGAUCAACAAGCUUUGUCGAAACAGAGGGCAAGAGCAAGAACACACACGCUUUCACAAAUUUAGGAUUUCAGAAUGAAAUCUCCAAUCUCGGUUAAGGUCUACUCCUACCAAUUCACAAUAAUGGGUCUAGACUCUAGAGAGAAAGCGAGAGAGAGUACAAAGAUCGAUGAAUAAAUCUCACAGCCAAAAAAUAUGAUCUUAUCACAAGUCACAACUUAGCAAGUAGCAAUGAACAGAAUAGGUUAGAAAGACUAACAAAUUAUAUUUGAUCUACCUUAAAUGGUUUACCUUAGUCUCCUCCAAUAACCGGCCUAACCAGCAAUCAGAAAUCCUGAUUUGAACAUUGAACAGCUCAAUGCUGGUUAUCCGGCUCAGAGCUUGCAAUAUCUUGAUCUUUCCAGAAAUCAGCUCUGCCUAAAAGAGCUGAUGAGUCUUCCUUCAUUAACGACACCAGUGUCUUCAGCUGAUGAGCCCUAAUUAAGAACUGAUGAACCUGUAAUAUCCUUGAUCUUUCCAGGAAUCAUAAUGCUUCAAUAGUUUAUGAUAAAUCACCAAAGAUGCCCCGUCUGCCCAGUUUCUUCAGUUUAGUUGUCUUGACAUGUUUCCCUAUGUUCCAAAGGCCAACUGUUUUAAAUAAUAAAUGGCAUGAUUUGCA